GCUGAUUCGCGGCAGCUCCGAGCGGCAGCGCUGUGCCUCGCUUGGCUCCCGGCAGCCGCGUCAAGCUCUCUCUCUCUGUCUCUCUCUCUCUCUCCCUCCCUCCCUCCUUCUUUCCUUCCUUCCUUCUUUCUUUCCAUGCUGGCCCAAAGCGCUCGCCCACACGCGCCGGGGUCAGCCACGUCCGGCUCUUUCUCCUCUCUCUCUGUCUCUGCUCCAAGGGGGACGCCCGAGCCCAGCCAUUGCCACGCUUUGGGAUAGUGAUGAGGUCCCAGUGAAUCACACUCUCUCCAACUCUAUACUUAGACAUCACUUUGUUUUCCAUCCAGGGAAGAACAUUUUCCUUGCGGCCCUGUCAAAGAAAGACGAUCCGAUGGACUUACACCGGGCAGCCUUCAAGAUGGAAAACUCCUCCUACCUUCCCAAUCCUCUGGCAUCUCCAGCCCUGAUGGUUCUCGCUUCUACCGCUGAAGCUAGCCGCGAUGCUUCCAUCCCUUGCCAGCAGCCAAGGCCCUUUGGCGUCCCUGUGUCGGUGGACAAGGAUGUGCACAUCCCAUUCACCAAUGGCUCCUACACGUUUGCCUCGAUGUAUCACCGACAAGGUGGGGUGCCAGGAGCCUUCACUAACCGUGAUUUCCCACCUUCCUUGCUGCAUCUCCACCCCCAGUUUGCUCCCCCCAACCUGGACUGCACCCCAAUAAGCAUGCUGAACCACAGCGGGGUUGGGGCCUUCCGCCCCUUUGCCUCCACUGAGGACAGGGAGAGCUACCAGUCAGCUUUUACACCUGCCAAGCGCCUGAAGAACUGCCAUGAGACUGACUCUCCCCACCUUCGCUUCUCAGACGCUGAUGGCAAGGAGUAUGAGUUUGGAGCCCAGCUUCCGUCUGGCUCUCCAAGCUCUCUCAAAGUUGAUGAGACAGGGAAAAAGAUCUUUGCUGUCUCUGGCCUCAUUUCCGACCGGGAGACCUCAUCCAGCCCUGAGGACCGAAAUGAGAGAUAUAGAAGCGACAGCCAAGGAGGGCCGACAGCAUCUGCAGGGGCCAGCCAGCGCAUGACGUUAACUUUCCCCCUCUGCAAGAAGAAGACAACACUUUUUGACAGCCAGGCCCCCAUCUGCCCUAUCUGCCAGGUCUUGCUUCGCCCGGGUGAACUCCAAGAACACAUGGAACAAGAGCUGGAGAAAUUAAAACAACUGAACAUCAGUAAGAACUCUAUAUUGAAGGAUGUCAUGGCUCCAGGCACUCCCAAGUCAAUUUUGUUGUCAGCCUCAAUCAAGCGGGAAGGAGACUCUCCAACAUCGCCUCACUCCUCCGAUGAUAUCCAUCACUCAGACAGAUACCAGACAUUCCUGCGAGUGAGAGCAAACAGACAGACCCGACUGAAUGCUCGAAUUGGGAAAAUGAAACGGAGGAAGCAAGACGAAGGACAGGUAUGUCCCCUCUGCAGCCAGCCUCUCUCAGGAUCCGAGGAGGAGAGGAGUGGGCAUGUCGAACAAUGCCUUGCAAAGAGGGAAGGUUCAUGCAUGAUGGAAGAUGACUCUGUUGACAUUGAAAAUGAGAAUGGUAAUCGCUUUGAAGAAUAUGAAUGGUGUGGACAGAAGAGGAUACGUGCGACUACCCUCUUAGAAGGAGGUUUCAGAGAAUGUUCAGCAUUAACUCGAUUUUGGCGCUGGGGCCAGCUGCUCCGAGGGCAAGCGGAGCAGAGCUGUGUACACAGCGCUGGAGGGCUACUGUGCUCUCAAGGAUCUGGGUUUGUCAUGUGCAGCGGCAAGGAGAAUCCAGACAGUGAUGCCGAUCUUGAUGUGGAUGGAGACGACACACUGGAAUAUGGAAAACCACAAUAUACAGAGGCAGAUAUCAUUCCAUGCACUGGAGAAGAACCAGGCGAAGCCAAAGAAAGAGAAGCACUUAGAGGUGCAGUCUUAAAUGGUGGCACGCCUAGUACCCGGAUAACACCAGAAUUUUCUAAAUGGGCAAGUGAUGAAAUGCCAUCAACAAGUAAUGGGGAGAGCAGUAAACAGGAGCCUAUGCAAAAGACCUGCAAGAACAGUGACAUAGAGAAGAUUACAGAGGACUCAGCAGUGACAACGUUUGAAGCACUAAAGGCUCGCGUACGUGAGUUAGAAAGGCAGCUCUCCCGUGGGGACCGCUAUAAAUGUCUCAUUUGCAUGGAUUCCUAUACGAUGCCCCUGACCUCCAUCCAGUGCUGGCACGUGCACUGUGAGGAAUGCUGGCUGCGAACUCUGGGUGCCAAGAAACUGUGCCCACAGUGCAACACCAUCACCUCUCCAGGGGAUCUCAGGCGCAUCUACUUAUGAAGGACAAUGCUGCUCCGAUCAGCUUGCUGUAUCAUGGGGACUGGGAAAAGGAGUGACAGCAACUUGAAAACAAAACUAGAGACUCCAAAUGUGGACUAGAGGCUUUGGGAGCCGCACGAUGCCUCUGCUUCCAGACCUGUCACUGGCGCUGCCAACUCCAGAAGGAGGCCAAACCGAAAUCCUUAUUGUCAAUCUCCCCUUUUUUACAAACUGACGAUCCACGUUUUGUCCCAUUUCUUCAAGAGCUGGGUUCCAUCGUGGACGACUUGCAAGCCUUUCCAGGGGGAGUAUCUUUGUCGACAUGCCCACCAGAGAAGGGGCUGGAUCUUCCACAGCAGGAACUUUCAUAGCCUGUUCCUUGUGUUUUUCUCCCAUCCCCAAUUUUAUUUGUGGCGUUCAAGUUGUUUUUUCUUUUUAAGUCAAAGAAAAAGCCUACACCCACGCACCCUCAAAAGGCAGAAUGAAGCACAUGUAAUAUAGAUUAUAUGUUUACAAUGUUGUGUAUAAAUGGGAUAGACUCCAACAUUACAUACUAAUGUUUCCCUUUUAUUUUUAUUUUUAUUUUGGUUUUUGGUUGUACGUUUUUUUAAAAAAAAAGAGAAAAAAAUACAGAGAACAUUAAACCCAUAUUUUUCUUGGUUCUGCAGAGUUUUGACAUUAAAGUCAUUAGUUUAAAAAGUAUAUAUAUAUAUAUUAUACAUAUAUAUAAUAUAAAUGGUUUAAUGUUCUGUGGUGUAUAUUUCCUCAUUCAAAUAUGAAGUUAACAGCUUCGAAUAAUGGCUGUAAUUUUGCCCAUAACUUACAUACCUUCUAAGAGAAAUAGGGAAAACAGGAUUUUUUGUCAUUAGUUAUAGCUAAUGGAAGUAUUUAUAUAAGAUUCUUAUCCCACUUAAACAUUUUCAGUUUUUCAGAAAGAAAGACACAUAAGAUCAGGUUUGCAAGAUCUUACCAUAUUUCCACCAGGCAAAAGGAUGUUUACAUAAAGCAGCAAAAAGUGGAGAGUGCCUGUUGCAGCUGGCAAUGUCGGUGUAACUUUGCUCGAACCAGGUUCUUUGGUCAUGUGAAAGCUGAAGCCAUCUUUUGUCCAAGGAUACUUUCUCCAGGAUGUGAGCCCAUGCACUGAACAAGAUUCUCUAGCUCUUUCUAUGAGGGGAAGAAUAAAUGUAGAGGAUACAUUCUGAAUGCUUUGUCUGAGCAGGAGAUAAUCUCACCUCCCUCCUGAAACAUGGUGCAGGUGCUCUGGUACUCUGGCAGCCGAGGUACUGUAUUGACAUUCCAUCAUUUUCAAAGAUUCCAUGCUUUUAAAAGAAAAUAAGUAUGUGCAGAGUUCUUAGUGGUUGGGGCAUUACUUAGUCUUUUAUCACUCCUACUUUGGAGCUGUGGCAAUAAUAUAACUUGAUACAAAUCCUCACAAGAUGAGAACCUCUGGUGAUGUGUUUGCACAAUGCUCCUGACAUGCAUUUUACCAGGCCCUUAUUUUGAAAGUACCCCAGAAGUGAGCCUUGUGCAGUCUGCUCACCACAUAUUUUUAACCAGAAACAAGUAACACAAAUAUUAAUACACACACAAGGCAAAGAAGCUGCCUGCCUUCCAUUUGGAGAAGAAAAGUUAAGAUUGCUGGGAAUCUUGAGACUCAAGCCAGACAUUUGGUUGAUAUUUCCAAUAGCUGGCUUUACUAAUAGACCCCUCUAUGGAGAUUCACCUAAACUGGAGUGACAGAAAUGAUGUGUUUAUGCACGGGUAUCUUCUACAAAUUACCUUCGGAGUGAGUUAUUCUGGCUAAUGUAUUUUGAGGUUAAAUCUAUCCUUUACAUUCUAGAAGGCCAGCUACACCAGACAAACCAUUAUCAAUGGUUCAAUUAUAUUUUGCAGCAUAUAUAUAUGUUGCAGCUUGGCUGAUCAGGGACUGGAUGCAAGGUGGGAACAGCUUCUCUUAAGAAAAUGUUGAUCAUUGCUGUACUACACACAUUUUUAUCCUGUGAAUAGUUUGGUACCUUUAGAUGAGCCUGAGCUUCCAGCGUGUAUGAACAUCAGUGUCUCAUUUCACCCCAUUUCUGAUCAUUCCUCCCUGGGAACUGAAGUAACAAAGGGCCACCUGCAGCUUAUGUUAAAGGGGAGGGAAUACCCCUUUUCAACCAAGAGCAGAUCUCGCAUACUAAAUGGGCAACAACAAUUGGCAAGAGCCACAAAGCUUCUGGAGUGCCAUUUGUUCAACCAGGAGGUUCCUCCACUGGUAUAGCACUUAAGCAUUCUUAAAUUUAUCACAGUGGGGAUGUCUUAUCACCCCAAAUCUGUUCGCCCAGUACAAUCAAGCCAUCUCUAUUGAGACUUCUAGUGGAACGCUACAUUUCACCCUGAUCUGUUUGGGAAUAGGCUAUGCUGAGAAGGCUCACUCUUGACGUUCCAGCAAAUUGGCACUGGGAGCAAGGAGCUUUCUCUGGUCCUAUGGACCACUACUAAGCCAAAUGAAUAUAUGUAAACCAUAUAUAACUAGUAGCCUUUAUUUUUAAAGUUAAAUCUCACUUUUUUUUCCUUGAGGGCGUAGGGAAGGGAGAAAAGCCCCAAAAGGAAAGUGCAAGGGAUUGACUUGUUCAUUUCCUCUUUUGGAGCAAGGCACGUUUGGCAAAAUUCCAUGACCAUUCCCUCUUCCUCAAUGAACUUGAAAAGAAAUGCCCAAAGAUUCCCAGCUGCACAAGGUAAUAUUCAAGUUGUGUCAAUGAUUGUGUGUCGAUGUAUAUUCUAUAAAAAAGGUACUUGUCAUUCCCGUUUGUAAACUACAUUGACAUUAAUUAAAUGAAUAUAAAACCUU